AAGCGGAAUUUCACUUUGAAACUCCCGUGCCUCGUGAGGGCCGGCGCUGGGCAUGCUCAGUAGCCGCAGCGCGUCCGGGCUGCUGCUCGAGCUGCACUGGCUGCCGUGCUGCUGCGCUGCUGGGCUGGCGCGGAGUCCACCCCGCCGUCUCCGCCUUGGCUGCUGGGUCCCCGGAAGGCCAAGCAUUUGCCGCCUCUGAGUGCUUCUGUCCCUUUCCCCGCAACCUCCUACUCUUCUUCCUCUUCCUCUCUCCCUGUCUUAGGGUGGUUGAAGCUGGUGCUCAUUUCUAUCAGCGCCACAGACUGACUGCUCUGCAAACCCCAGCCGAGGACCUGCGAACGAAUCCCGGAGACUAGAAGACCCUUGGCGGUGGUUCUUUCUAAUAGCACUUUACCUAAAGUGGGGUCGUGGUGGAGUUUCUCCUCCACCUCUCAAUGCACACGCUAUGCGGAGAGCAGUCGGCUUCCCUGCGCUGUGCCUGCUCCUUAAUCUUCAUGCUGCAGGGUGCUUUUCAGGAAACAAUGAUCAUUUUUUGGCAAUUAAUCAGAAAAAGAGUGGAAAGCCGGUAUUUGUUUACCACCAUUCACAAGACAUUGAAAAGAGCCUGGAUAUGGCCCCACAAAAAAUCUAUAGACAUAGCUACCAUUCCUCUUCCGAAGCUCAAGUAAGCAAACGCCACCAGAUUGUCAAUUCAGCGUUUCCUAGACCUGCAUAUGACUCGUCUCUCAAUCUGCUGGCCAUGGAUGGUCAAGAUCUUGAAGUGGAAAAUCUUCCAAUCCCAGCAGCAAAUGUAAUUGUGGUGGUAAGUAGCAUGUUAAACUGAUGCUGAGGCUGAUGUUGAUGCUUUCCUGUCA